AUGCCGCCUGCGAGCUCGCCGACAAGUUUACUUUCCACACAGCAAUCAAAUGAAAAACUACUGCAGCACAAGACAACCUUAAUAACUACGACCAGUUGUGGGCGGCCCUAUUUUCUUCUACUAUUGGUCUCAUCCGCACCCUUCAAUGUUCAGAGAAGGAGAGAAAUCCGCUUAACGUGGGGGGUUGACAGUGUUCUAGACUCGCGAUGGAAGACAUUUUUUCUUGUUGCUCAAACGAGAAACCAAACGGAAUCAGAUGCACUGUUAAAAGAAGAUGAACGCACCAGAGACCUCAUACGCGCGGACUACUACAAACAUUACUGGAAUCAGACCCUUAAGAUGCAAAUGGCGUUUGAGUGGGCAUCCACGUCCUGUAAUUUUUCGUUUCUUUUAAAAAUGGACGACGAUACAUUUGUUAAUGUUAAACGGCUAAUUUCAGUUCUUGCUAAACCUGAAAUUCCUAAAGAAAAGCUAUACAUUGGACACUGCUUUAAGGGGCCCGUGGUUAAGAGGAGAGGGAAAUGGAAAGGUUCGUAUGAAGAUUAUAAUCAAACAUUCUAUCCAGACUUCUGUUCUGGAUACGGAAUUGUCUUGUCUUUUGAUGUUGUUCAUCUGUUCGUCGAUUUAUAUGCCGUUGUUCCCUGGUUUAAAAUUGACGAUGUUUACAUCGGUUUGCUUGCGGAAAAAGCAGGUGUGAAAGCCAAAUAUAUGCGCAAAUUUCAUAAGAAGGAACCACCGAUAAUGUAA